AUGCUCUUCUGCCUCCUUCAUCCAAUGGACCACAACACCGGACCUUUGGCAAGGAAGUCGACGACGCUUUGUGCUCUGCUGCCGAUAUCCAUCGCCGCGCUCCUAGUGCUUGCAAUUCCUGGACAGGCCAACGUUGAGGAAGUCGGAGUUGCCGACCACAUCAAGAAUGGAAGCGAUGUGACGCUCAAAGCAGUCAGUAAGCAGGCCAGCGAUGACUUAACUUAUGCCGAGUACGUGAAGACUUUUCCUACUGUCUGUAAUUUUUCGAUCACCAAGGAACACAUUGAGCUUCUAUACAAAGGCAAAGAGUGCACUGUGGAACUCAUCACCACGGAAAUAAACAUUGUCAAAUUCACGACUGGAUACGUGAAAGCUGGUUGUACUUUAGAUACCUGCGACGAUGGUAAAGUCGGCUUUAAGCAUGGCUUUUCAAAUCUCCUACCGUUCGCCUACAGCAGAAACAACACGGACAUCGAAAAUUUCAACAAGGGUCCGUCCUACGGUGGAAAUUUGUGUGAUGAAGAAGGCGUGUGCGGGGGACGCUGCAUGAAUCAGACUUUUCUAGAAGUCUCAUGGAGCAAAUGUAAGGAUAAUGUAGUAUUCGCUCACACCCAUUUAAGUAAGAUGUUGAUUAUUUUUACUUUAAAAUAUAUUAAUUUAGUCGGAGAAUCCAAGGAGAGCCUGGAUCAAUUUCAAAAUCAAAAAGGUGAUAGGAUGGAAUUCAAUCUGGAGAUAUACGCUAAUAACAGCCUCAAGAUGAUAUCUAGCAUAGGAGCAGAAAAGGAUUUCGAUAAUGGAACAGUUUACUGCAUUCAAAGACAGAAUGCCAUUGUCAACCCAGAAACAUGGAACAUUAAAAAUGGAGACGGAAACCUGAAGGAUAAACAUCUGCUUGUCUUCCAUCUACUUCCACCAAAGGCUACAGUAAGGUACGACGAAAAAUACAAGUUCAACACUGAAAAACUGCAACCACAACCAAAAUGUCAACUCUUCAUUCACUUUAAAAGGCCAGCCUAUGAAUUCCUUGAGGUCGACCCUCGUACAACGACUACAAGCACAACUACAACAACACCCAAACCAACAUCAGGUCCCAAACCACAACCUACUGUCAAAGCAACUUCAACUCCACCAGAGCAAAAGACUACACAGAAAGUUCAAGAAGCAACGGCCACCGAAGGAGGAAGUAAGGCCUGGAUUUGGAUCUUUGUGAUUUUUGUGGUGAUUGCUGUAAUUGGUGGCGCUGUAGGGUUCUACUUCUACCGAAAAAAUCAAAAGAUAAAAGAAGAGGACGAGAAAGAGAGAGCCUUUUGGGCCCACUUUGCAGACAAAAAGUGGAUUGCUGAGGAAAACAAGAGCCGUUCUGAAGCAAAACUGCCUUCCUUGGAAGACGUAUUCGUCAAGGAUAUUUUUGACAGGAUGAAGAAGGAGGAUGAGGACAAUGCAGCAAAAAACGUAAGAAUUCUCUUCAAAGGCUAUCUGCCAGACUUGAAGAAGGACGGUUUCAAAAUUGUUGGCACAUACAGAGAAUGGAAGAAAAAGAGUGACUGGGUCGCGCUAAAAGUCGAGUAUGUGGAAGGCGAUGAUGUAGAAGAGGACGAAGUGGAAAAGGACGAAUCUGCCGAAGGGAAGAAGAAAAAGGGCGGCAAGGGGAAGAAGGACAAGACCCCGAAGGACUCAGCUUCGAAGAUGGAAUCGACUCCAAAGGACCCGGCUCAGAAGGAGGAAACGACUUCGAAGGACUCGACUCUGAAGAAGGACCCGGCACCGGAGAAGGCGGACGCUACAAAGAGCAAGCAGGCAGGUACGACAUCGGAUGUUCCAACGGAUAUGGUGUCGGAGGCUAAAGAGACGGAUCAGUAA